AUGCGCCCCAAUGGACGGGACCCUGGCCUGCCACCUACCAGCUGCCACAGAGCCCAAGAGAAUCGCCCAUCCACCACCCGACACUCCAGCUGCCGAACAAUCCCUAUGCGGUUCACCAGCCGCUUCAGCCACCGGGGGACCUCCCCAACUACUCUGCUACUGCUCCAGCAGCCAGGGACCCCCUCCACGUUCCUGCUGUCCCAGCCAACAAGAGACCCCCACACCGCCCCGCAGCAGCUGCACCCAUCGAACACUCCCCCCCAUAUCCCCCAGUCACCACAGGAACUCUGCGCUGCCCCCCAGCCACCACGAGACGUCUCCCCCGUUCUCUUGCGAUCCCCGGACACGCCCCCUGCUCACCAGCAGCUCCAGCCGCCACGAGACGGCUCCCCUGUCCUCCAGCGGCUACCGGACACUCCCCCUGCCCUCCAGCAGUCUCCGCCGCUGCGAGUCGACUCCCCCGACCCCCAGCAGGACGUCCCUACUGGGGACACCCCCCCUACCGCUGGGACCCCCACCCCACAGGGGACUGACGGCAACACCAUCCACCUGACGUACCCCCCUCGCCGCUGA